AUGGCCUCGCCAUUGUCCCCCGCGACCUCAACCUCGAGUCACUCUCUCUACCAACCUCAUUUUCCCAGCGCCGAAGGACGCUGGGCUCCACGAGACACUCGCUCUCUCCCCGUGCGACCGCGCAAUGUCGGCCCCGUCUUCGACGCUGUUCGCGCGAGCCAACCCAUCGCCGAAUUCGACAAGGAAACCAACCAUCUCAACUACCCCAAUGUAAACCCUACAUCCGAUCCUGUCAGAGUACCAGAACAACCCAAUGACUUCCAAGACGCCUAUCUCAUGCCCUCGCUGUCCGAGAACGAACGCCUUCGUCUGACCUUGUUCUGGUACUACACCUACGCGAACAAAAUGCUCGAAGACAAGGACUUUUUGCUCGCGCUACAACAAAAGUUGGAUUUGGUUCAGGCUUUCAUGGGCUGGGAUUUCGCCAUCAUGGGUCUGCUCAGCGAGAACGUCUAUACACGUGUCGCUACCGCCGGCUUGCCUCUAGCCAUACUACCGCGUCGCGAGAGCACCUGUUCACACACCAUCAACCAACCACUCGGUGCCGUCUUCAUGUUACCCAACAUGGCCAGCGAUUGGCGUUUCAAACACUCGCCUCACGUCGAGGAAGGCGGUCUGCGUAGUUAUGCUGGUGCAGCCCUCCGUUGCAAGGCCGAUACCGGUGAAGACGUCGCUCUCGGUAGUCUUUGCAUUGCUUCCAACUCCGAGCAACCCCUCUCUCCCAGCCAACAAGAUGCUCUGGUUCGCUUCGCCGAUAUGAUCGCGAGCGAAAUCAUUGCCCGCGCGAGGGAAGCCCGCAGACGUCAACGCCAAGUCAUGGCCGAUCUCAUCGCCGAAACACAAAAAUAUAAAACUCCUGAAUCUGUCAGGGAUCAUGUCAUGAAAAUCCUUGCUCGGGUUUACCCUGAUGCUGUGCUCGACGUGCAAGACGCUCCCCUGAACAACAUUAUCUGUCUACCGAAUCAUAUUCCGGUUGAAUACGACGAUUUCCAAGAUGGUCUAUGGGAAGACUCGGAGCUCAUUGAGCAUCUAAUCGUCACGCAGAACCAAAACGUACUUACCACCGAUUGCACAGUUCGUGCAAUCGUACAUCCAUGCCAGAGAAUGCCUACUACCAAAUUCCUUGUCCUCGCCUCAACAGAUGUUCAGCUUGUCUUUGACGAUAUCGAUUCAUGGUUUGUCGAGAAAUGCGCAAGUCUGAUGGCAGAUUCUACUCAAGAGAGCCGCCUUAAGGAAGCGCUAACGGCCAAGGAUGCUUUCCUCAGAGGUAUAACCCAUCAACUAAGAACACGUAAGUCUCUUGCCCGCUGCUUAUGCAUUUUUAAUACUAACAAAGUUCAAUANGCUAUUCAUGGCGUCUUGGGCUCGUGUGAACUAUUGUUCGAAGAGCUGGCCAGUCGAGACAUGCUUUCAGCUGGUGCAUCCGGAUUGAAUCCAUCCUCCGUUCUGAGUGCUAUAAGAGACUCCGGUCGAGAAUUAAUGUCUACUGUCAACAACAUGCUCAAGCUGAAUCGCUGGGCGGAAGAGACUGGCGGCUUUCUACAACCUGCCUCGCUUCUAAGUUUGAAUUUGAUCGAAGCAGAGAUCAUCUACGAAGUCCAGCAAUCAAUACCCGAGCAUGAGCUAUCACAGGUCUCGGUUAUGUUCGAGAACAGACUCGGAACUGAUGAAAGCAUGAUCGUGAUGGAUCUCUCCUUGCUCAAAGAGUGUAUUCAAGCGCUUGUUCAGAACGCUUUAUCAUACACUGAUGCAGGAGCUGUCAUCGUUGUCAUACGGGCCUCCUCUGAUUACACAAAACUAAUGUUCGACAUCAAAGACACUGGAUGCGGCAUUGCUCUUGAAGAUCAAGUACGAAUCUUCGAAGCCUACGAGAAAGUGGACACACAUACAAGAGGAGCAGGUCUUGGUCUCACUCUAUCGUCCAAAAUUGCCAAUGCGAUGAACGGAAGCGUGACAUUGGUCUCGUCAAAACAAGGCACAAAAGACAAGGGAUCACUAUUCCGUGCCGAAUUCUUAAAUCCAGGCUUCGCUUGUCCGAUCAUCCGUCCAGUGCCUUUUGACGCAAAUCUGAAAAGCAUUCCCAGGAAAUUCCACGUUGUGCCGGCCAAAUCGCAGCGACCAGAGCUUGUUUUGCACUUCGCAUCUUACCUGAAUCACCACGGCUUCGAGGAUUCGGAUUCGCCUGAAGGUUCUUUCAUAAUACUAACCUAUACACCAGAUGCUGAUGAGUUCCGUCGUUUCGUUGCGGAAAUCGAUACAAGGCAUGUUGCCAUGUGCCUGGUUCCUGCCGGUGCAACAACAGACAAGCUUCAUGGUGCCCAUGAAGUGCGUUUCUUCUCGGGACCCUUCUUGACAUCUCGUCUAGAAGAGAUCACCACAGAACUCAACACUGUCUACAAACGACUAGACUCUGACCCUGAAGCUGGCGAGACUGCAUCAGGAUUAGCGAACCGCAAUGAUGCUCAUCGUACAUCCGGGACAGAAGAUGGAGUCGAUCCAGCAGACGCGCAACCAAUGNNAGCUCUUCUGGUUGACGACAAUGUCGUCAACCUACGGAUCAUGCGCAUGUACUGCGAAAAGCGCAAAAUCGAAUACCUUACAGCCAUGGAUGGCAAGGAGGCAGUCAGCGUCUUCGAAUCAUCUCUCGAAAAACGACCUAUCAACCUCAUUCUCAUGGACCUGCAAAUGCCGGUAUGCGACGGCAUCGAAGCAACACGGCGGAUCCGCGAGAUAGAAUCAGAAAAAGCGUUACCCAGAUCGGCGUUGUUCAUUGUAACGGGUCAGGAUACCGUGGCUGACAAGCAAAGCAGCUUCUCAGCUGGGGCGGAUGAGUUCUACGUCAAGCCUUUGGGUUUGAAAACUUUGGAUAAGGGCAUCAAGGAAUACUUCCCGGCUGUUGGGCAUGAAACAAAGACUGCUUCUCAAGUCGUCAAUGGGACGAAUGGAGCGAGCAAGGCAUAA